AAAGCGCCAGCUGAGGGGCGGCUGCAGCCGGUGCGGCGGAGGCUGUCAGCUACUCUGCUGGUCCGCGGCCCUGCGCUCCCGGAAGCCGGAUUGCCGCGCGAGUCCUGUCAGUGCGAGCAACGCGAGACCUCUUCUCGCGGCUUGCGGAGAGAGAGCAGCGAGCAGCCCGGCCUGCGUGCGGCGGCGACUCCCGGACCGGACCGGGUAGCGGAGGGCCAUGGCUGAGGCGACCGCCGCUCCGACUUCUGAAUGGGACUCGGAAUGCCUUACAUCCCUGCAGCCCCUUCCUCUUCCUACACCUCCAGCUGCAAAUGAGGCACACCUGCAGACUGCAGCCAUCUCCCUGUGGACAGUGGUGGCUGCUGUACAGGCCAUAGAGAGGAAGGUGGAGGUUCACAGCCGGCGACUCCUCCACCUAGAAGGCAGGACAGGGACAGCAGAGAAGAAACUAGCCAGCUGUGAAAAGACAGUGACUGAGCUUGGGAACCAGCUGGAUGGCAAGUGGGCUGUGCUGGGGACCCUGCUGCAGGAAUAUGGGCUGCUUCAGAGGCGGCUGGAGAACCUGGAGAACUUGUUGAGAAACAGGAACUUCUGGAUCCUGCGGCUGCCCCCAGGUAUUAAAGGAGAUAUCCCAAAGGUGCCUGUGGCAUUUGAUGAUGUCUCCAUCUACUUCUCCACUCCAGAGUGGGAAAAAUUAGAAGAAUGGCAAAAGGAACUUUACAAGAAUAUCAUGAAGGGCAACUACGAGUCUCUCAUCUCCAUGGAUUAUGCCAUGAACCAACCUGAUGUCUUAUCUCAGAUUCAACCAGGAGAACACAGUACAGAUGACCAACCAAGGCCAGAGGCAAGUGAGAUUCCUGCAGAUGCCAGUGAAGAGCCUGGCCUUUCCACCUCAGAUAUUCUGUCUUGGAUUAAACAAGAGGAAGAGCCCCAGGCUGGAGUCCCCCAGGAGUCCAAAGAGAACGACCUGUACAAAGGCUCCUCCUAUGCUGAUGAAGAACUUGUCAUCAAAGCUGAAGACCUUGCUAGAGCCUCCUUGUGUCCUGAAGUUCCAGUAGCCUUCUCUGCACCCCCACCACCAGCAGCCAAGGAUGCUUUUUCAGAUGUAGCUUUCAAAAGCCAGCAGUGUGCACCCAUGACACCUUUUGGACGCACAGCCACUGACCUGCCUGAAGCCUCAGAGGGACAAGUGACUUUUACUCAGUUAGGAAGCUACCCACUCCCACCUCCAGUUGGAGAGCAGAUGUUCUCAUGCCACCAUUGUGGCAAGAGUCUCAACCAGGACAUGUUAAUGACACAUCAAUGUAGCCAUGCUGCUGAACACCCCUUAACCUGUGCCCAGUGUCCCAAGCACUUUGCCCCACAGGUGGACCUUGGUAGCACCUCCCAGGACCAUGCCAGUGAAACACCACCCACCUGCCCUCACUGCUCCCGGACCUUCACUCACCCCUCACGACUCACAUACCACCUUCGGGUCCACAACAGCACUGAGCGCCCUUUCCCCUGUCCUGAUUGUCCCAAGCGCUUCGCUGACCAGGCUCGACUCACCAGCCAUCGGCGAGCUCAUGCUAGCGAGAGGCCCUUCCGUUGCCCACAGUGUGGUCGUAGCUUUAGCCUGAAGAUCAGUCUCCUGCUGCACCAGAGGGGGCAUGCACAGGAGCGCCCCUUCUCCUGUCCUCAGUGUGGCAUUGACUUCAAUGGCCACUCUGCACUGAUUCGUCACCAGAUGAUCCACACAGGCGAGCGUCCCUACCCGUGCACAGACUGUAGCAAGAGCUUCAUGCGUAAGGAACACUUGUUAAACCACCGCAGGCUGCACACAGGUGAGCGGCCUUUCCAGUGUCCGCACUGUGGCAAGAGCUUCAUCCGCAAACACCACCUCAUAAAGCACCAGCGCAUUCAUACAGGCGAGCGGCCCUACCCCUGCGCACUGUGUGGAAGGAGCUUCCGCUACAAGCAGACACUCAAGGACCACCUGAGGACCGGUCAUAGUGGAGGCUGUGCGGGUGAUAGGGACCCUUCUGCACAGCCACCAGACCCGCCUGGUCCACUCUUAACUGCCCUGGAAACCUCUGGCCUAGGUGUUAGCACAGAGGGCCUAGAAUCUAGUCAGUGGUAUGGGGAAGGGAGUGGAGGGGUGGUUCUGUAGAUCUGUGGCCAGUUGGUUAUUUAUGUUCACAGCAGAGUGGAAGGUCCAGGAAAAAAGCCAACAAGCUCCACAAUCCAUAGUAAUUAUCUGGUACAUAGAGGAAUUUGGGGGUGUCUACACUCAAUUAGAGACAUACUUGUGCUUUGGAAGUCCACAACAAUACAAGAAUACCUUAUUUUGAAAACUGGAAGAGAAGUCUGCACCCAUGUCUUUUCAGAUACCACAAAAGCAGUUUGGGAAGCAAGAUUUGGCUUUUGAUCAUUCUGUCAGGAUAGCAGGGAGAGUAGACUGCCUCUAGGUAGAGAUAGGUGCAUGGAAAGAGCCCCCAGGCCUGAAGCCUGUCUUUAAUUCCUCAGUGAUGGGAUGACUGUUGGAGGAAUGUGUCUCUGAAACCAGCUAAGCUCUGUUCACACCUGUGUAGUCGCCGUCUCCUGAAACAUGACGACUGAGGCUGUCUUCCUAGGCUUAGAUUCUACCUGCUAAUACAUUUGUUUAAUGUUGGUGAACAAGAAAUCCGACUUCAAUAGCUUAUUGAAGGGGACAGUCCUUAGCUUUUACUAGCUUGAUUUGAAACAUUCUGACUCUUGUAGCAGCUUUUAAAAGGGUAGAGAACUUUACCACAGCCCUGGUUAGAAAAAUUAGGAGAGUUUUCUCUCCAGGUAGGAGCUAAAGAUCCCAGAGAUCCCAGGCACAACAGUGAUAGCAUGGCCUAAAAAUCUGCCUGAAUCAUGAGUUUAGACUCAUUUCUAUCAAUUUAUCCCUUCUCUUUUCAUGUUUUUCCAUUUCUGGUGUUUUAUUCAUUCAUUCA